AUGGAAGUCAAUCCUGUUAGCUUGAAAAGACAUACUAGCACUGGAGACAGCGACGAGGAAUAUGAGCCCACAAAUGGCCCCUCGUUGUCGGCACAUAAUGGUGACAUUGCCAAGUUCGAGGAGGGCCAACUUUUCAAUCCUCUGCAAAUGCAUCAAGAAGAAUCAAACAUGGACGAGUUUCAAAGUGACUUUCCCGCUUCCGACAAAUCUGACAUGCUGGCAAAUGGUAGUGAGUUCGACACCCAUGCACUGCUGAGGGAGAAGCAAAAUGAGCCCGACAGUGCUCCACAACUAGAAGUAGAUGUGGCCCAAGGCAGUAAUCUUGAACAUGAGUCUUUUAUCCCGGAAGAAUUAGCAAAUCAUGAAGAUGAUACUGAGCAGAGUAAACCGAAAGCUUCAGAAAGUAAUGACGAUGCUUAUGAUCCCGACCAAUCAAACCCUAGCGAAGACUCUACAGUACAUAAGCCAGUGGAGGAUCCUGAACACAGUGAGCCGUAUAAACCUGAAGCGCAAGUAAAGAAUGAAGAUGAAGAUGAAGAUGAAGAUGAUUAUGAUCCUGAAGCAAAUCAAAAGCUGGCAGCCCAUUUACCAGCACCAUCGUUGCCUAGUAAGCCACCGAUUGGAUUGCCUCCAAAACCGCCGCAAAGUGCUAAAUCGAAUCCGUCGACAUCCCCUAUAAGUACUCAGGGAGAGAUGGCAGAAACAUUGCGUAAUGCGUAUAAUACGUACGUGCAUAGCGAACUCGCCAACGAUGCUGCCUUUCUGCAACAACCGCAAGAAGUACAAGUUGAAUCCAUCAAGGCACUUUUGCGCGAGCGCGGCAUUGACUUGGGAGAGAUAAACUAUGAUCAAGUAUACUCUUAUAAUAAGCCACACAAACACUUGAAAGAUCCGAUUCCUUUGGUUCCUGUUAGUGAGUUUUGUCGUCGACCAAAUAUCACCGAGCCACUGACACAAGAGGAAGAGAAAGAAUACGAAGAAUUCAUCAAACGGGAGAAUUACUACAUGGAUCUACAGAACUGGGAUGAAUUUCCCGAUAAGCUGAGGUUAUUUGUGGGGAACUUGCCUGCAAACACGAUCUCAAAACAAGACCUAUACAGAAUUUUCCGUCAGUACGGAGAGGUUAUUCAAAUAGCCAUCAAAGCUGGUUACGGGUUCGUUCAGUUUAGAGACACCGAGGCAUGUUUAGCUUGUGUCAAAGGAGAAACUGAUGUUCCCUUACAUAACAAGGUGUUGAGAUUAGAUGCUUCUAAGCCGCAAAAGUCAAGGAGAUCAGGAAAUCCCGACGUGAAUAACCCAAAUUUGGGCUCACGUGGCAGAGAGAGACCUGCUGAAGAUGAACCUGCACCAAAGAGGAGAAGGGGGAAUAUUGAUUGUAUUGUUUACAUCACCGGAAAAUCGUCAGUGUUUUUCAUAAGACAAGUUAAAAAGGCAUUUGCCAAUUCACAGGUGCAGAUUGACACAGAAGAUGUGACUCAGAGGAACAUCACUGAAGUACUUAGUGAGGCUGCAUAUUCUGGAUUUUUGGGCGCUUGUGUGGUCAAGGAGAAUAAAGUCGACGUCCAAACGUACGAAGCACAACCCAACGGCGGCAUUAAAUUUGAUGAAUAUGCGGACAUUGAGCCUGAAGAAGCUGCCGAGGUUAUGGCAAAGGCCAAAAUAACCAAGUACGGUGGCAAUACUCCAUCUUACUAUGCUCCAGAUGCCCCAAGCCAUCAUGAUAAUGCUCAGGAGAAAGGCAAUAGACGUUACGACCAUGACAGGAAUAGGGGAAGGAAUAACAGACGGGGAAGAGGCAGACACGGGAAUCAAGGUAAUUUUAGUAAUGACCACUACGGUCGCCACAAGAAUAAUUUCUCACACCAACCCUGGCCAAACGCUGAUCAGUUUCAACAAUUUUCUUCAGCUCCACAACAGCAAGUGUAUGGUCAAGUUCCACAAUCUCAGUUUCCCUCAUUUAAUAACUCACAAUUUGCAUCCCCAUACCAGGCACCUCCUCAACAACCACACUCUUACAACCAAUUCACUUCGCCACAGAUGAAUUCGAAUCAGCCGAACAUUUCUCACGCGUUGCAAUCUCUAGAUGCGAAUCAAGUACAGAGUAUGAUUAAUCUCCUACAGCAGCAACAGCAACAGCAGCAGCAGCAGUCCCCUGGACCAGGGAUGCCACCGCAGCCAUAUUCUAUGCAAAGUCAGCAUCCAACAGCUCCGCCCCCUAUGGCGGCACCAGCACCGGCGCCAGCACCCGCGGCAUAUGGACAACCACCUCCAUUGAAUUAUGGCGAUCGAGGUCGUAGAAGGGAACCAAACUAUGCAGCUAGGAACCGACCUUACGGAAACGUCCCGCAACCUCAUCAGAACACUUCCUCGGGGUUCAAUCCAGGUCCUCCGAAUUCUGGACCCAGUGCUUUAUUAUCUCGAUUACAAUCCGGUAGUUACAACCAAGCUGGAAACACACAGCAACUGGGAUCUAACAGCGCUCUCAUGGAGACAUUGCAAAAGUUGGCAAGACGAUGA